AUGUCUUUCCUUCAUGGAGUUCUUGAGAGUGUGAAGGAUGAUGAGAGCGUUACAACAUACAAUAAAUACAUUAAAUUAAAAAACAAUGAUGAUGAUUUACAUACUGUCCUUCAAAUUCUCCAAUCUUCAAUUGGCCAGGGACGCAGUGUCUUUGGUGCGCAGGUUGAAAAGGUGAGUGGAUGGCUUAAGAAAUAUUGGACGCAGGUAAAUGACAAGACAGGCGACGUGAAGACUAAAUUAGGUGAAUUCGGGAAGUACGUCCAACGUAAUCAAGGUGACACGCUGGAGGAGCAGUUAACGAAGUGGAACGCUAUCGUGUCAGGCAUCUCACAUAAAUUAGAAACUAUUGACACUAAAGUUAAUUUGUUAGAUAGCACACUUAAGUCACAAAUAACGCACAAAGUAGAGCCGAUUAAAGCAUCGGUUAGGACCUAUGUCGACGCUGCUAGCAAUGAUGCCUUAGCGUGGCAGGUGAAAGUAGUCGAUGGAUUGUUGGUGAAUCAACGAGAAUAUCUUGAGAGAGAGAUUGAACAACAUUAUCUCGUCGUUAAAAAAACGUUUGAGGAGGCGUUGUGGAAUAUUCGUGUAGGUGUCAAUUCAUUGGAAGAUAAAAGGAAAGAACAGAUUAGCCAUUUGAACAAGGCAGUCGGGGAUGCCCAGCAAUAUGUCAAUAAGGAUCUGGGAGUUAGCGUUGGGAGUACUCGAAAUCAGAUAUAUGAGAAGUUUGAUGAGAUCAAAAAACAGGUCAAUAACGUUUAUGUUAGAUUAGUGCACAAAAAGGGAGAGCUUGACAAGCUGGUGGAUCAGGCUAAGACGGAGUUUGCGACUUUGAAAAGAACGGUAGGAAAGAUGGAGGAUAAGGGAAAUGAUACGAUAAAUGGCCAUUUGGCGCUGCUUAUAGAAGAGAUAGAGAAGCUUGUUGAUGGCUUGACGAAUAAAAAAAAGGCCACGACACCGGGAAAUCUUCACAAUAUUGUUCAGAACGUGAGUGAUUGUGCUGGCAAGUUCACUAAGUCGAAUUUUGAAAAUAGAGUUUUGGAUGUGUGGAUAGAUGGGAUUUUGGGCACUGAACCGGUAAAGGGUUUACUUGAUGGUUAUUUUGAAGCGAAUAAAGAAAAGAAUGGUGCGCUACAUGGACAAUACACAUCGUGGCAGAAGGGUGAAAAUAAUAGGAUUGUUAUGGAACACCUAAGGAACCGAAUUAAGGAAAAACUUACGGAGGAAAUUAAUAAAAGCAAAGAAGCGGCCAAAGACACAACCCGAGACAAAAUUCAAGACAACAUUGAAGAUGUCAAUGGUGUCUGCGAUGCAUUUUCCAAGGAACUUGGGAAGCAAAUUACCAGCAAGGUGCAUACUGUACGGUCGCAUGUCGAAAAAGCGCUUGUGAGCGAUGUGGACAAAUCGCAGAAGAGUUCAGAUCUCUAUCGCGCCAUACAACUUACUGUAUACCAACUUGUUGGAGUAGGUAGGCAGACGGGCAAUGAACUACAACGAUUCAGCAUAGAGUUUAAUCUUAACGACAAUGUUAAUAGAGCUAUAAGUAGCGUCGACAAAAUCGGAGCAGCAUUGGCAAUAGUUGAACUAAGAAUUCAGGAGCUCCACAAAUUGCUGGAAGAUAAUGCAUCGGACCAACAAGGUUUGAUUCAGGCGAAGCUCAAAACAAUUGCCACCACCCUUGACGACCUCCAUGACACUAAAAAGAAUGAGACGGGAGGGAAGAUUAACAAGGAGAGGGAUGAUGCCGACGAUCUUAUGUCCAAGUUGAAGAAGGAAUUGCAGGAUAAGCUUGACAACAUAUCCUACUUUAUUGAUAUCGCCGAUUCCGCAUUAGAAACGGCCAUACGUCUUGUCAAAGAUGCAUUGAUAGAGCCUACGAACAGAUCAAACAAGCAACUACAACCCUCAGAACCAAAAUAA